AUGGGAGAUGAGGAGGAACGGCAACCCCCUGGCGUGUACACGCUGGUGACAGCAGACGGCGAGCAGAAGACGUCAAUUGGCUUCACAGGCAAAGCCACAGCAAACUAUGCAAAUGGAGACAUCUACGAAGGUUUGUUUGAGAACGGGGUGAGACAAGGCCAAGGCGUGUACACGUACUUGAAGGGAGACGUUUUUUCCGGAACCUUCGACAACAACCAGAAAACUGGUUUGGGAAGAAUCGUGUACAAGAAAGGAGGCUACUACCACGGCCACUUCAAAGACGGGAAGCGCGAGGGCGAGGGCACCCUGCAGUAUGCAAAUGGUGACAUCUACUCUGGCUACUGGAAGGAUGGCAAGAAGCAUGGAUCCGGAACGUACGUCUUCAACAAGACCAAGUAUGAGUACAAGGGUGACUGGAAGGAUGGGCAGAUCACGACAGGAACGUGGACGCUCACCGAUGGCACCCAGUACCAGGGAGGCUUCCAGAGCCAGAAGCCAUGUGGCGAUGCCACCUGGAAAACUCGUCAAGGUACCACUGUCGAGGGAUCCUACGUGCAACAGGUUGUGCCAUUGGACUCAGCACCGCCAGCCAAGCCUGGCGAAGCUCCGGCUGUGGCCACGCGAUGUUUCUGGACGACUGCGGCCUUGGUGGCUGCAGAAAACUGA